CUCAGGUUCCAUGUAGGGGACAGAAUCAACACGGGCUUCUCUGCUACCUGUCUUGUCUCUCUCUCUCUCAUUCAUAACACAGCCAUGGAGUAUAUCCACUCAGCCUGGUCUUUCGCCUUCAAUUCACGAACCAGAUUUCCGCUAUGGAUAAUCCCGCCGCUGCUCCUCGUGGACGCCGUGCUCUCCUCCGCCGUGGUUCUCAAAGUGCCCUACACCGAGAUCGACUGGACGGCGUACAUGCAGCAAGUGACGCAGUAUUUCGGAGGAGAGCGAAACUACGCCUUGAUCAAGGGUGGCACCGGACCGCUGGUCUACCCAGCCGGCCACGUCUACAUCUACUCCUUCCUGUAUCGUUUCACCGACAACGGUACGAAUAUCCUGCGAGCGCAGUGGUUGUUUGUUGCGUUGUACUUGGCGACCCUCUACAUUGUUCUGUUGUGCUAUCGUGAAGCUAGGGCACCGCCAUAUAUACUGCCAUUGCUAUUGCUCUCAAAACGCCUGCAUAGCAUCUACAUGCUCCGCCUGUUUAACGACCCGUUCUCGAUCUUCUUCCUGUUCGCCGCGGUGCUGCUAUGGCAGAAGAGGAUGUGGACGCUUGGGUCAAUGACGUACUCAAUGGCUGUGGGCGUGAAGAUGAACACGUUACUCGUCCUGCCAGCCGUCGGCGCGAUACUGCUGCAAGCCGUGGGGAGGAAUAAGGCGCUGCGGCAAGCUAUGAUCAUGGCUCAGGUUCAGUUCUUGCUCGCGACUCCUUUCGUGAUGGAGUAUCCCCUGAGUUAUGCGGCCGGCGCAUUCGAGUUCACGCGGCAGUUCUUCUACAAGUGGACAGUGAAUUGGAGGUUCAUCAGCGAGGAGACAUUCCUAUCCAAAGAGUUCGCAAUUGGGCUUCUAGCCGUCCAUGCGCUGCUGCUUCUUCUCUUUCUGGCCGUGCAAUGGAACCGUCCCUCCGGCGGUAGCUUUCCCGAUUUCCUAUCCCUAAUCUUCUCACCCCCGGACGAAGAAAGCUUUGAGCAGCGCCAAAUCUCCGCCGCCGUCACCCCUCGUUACGUCCUCUGCAGCAUCCUGGCAGCCAACACCAUCGGCAUGCUGUGUGCCCGAAGCCUGCACUACCAGUUCUACUCAUGGCUGGCCUGGGGCACCCCCUACGUGCUCUGGCAGACCGGGUUCGGCCCCGUAUGGAUCGUUCCGCUUUGGGCGGCACAGGAAUGGGCUUGGAACGUGUUUCCGAGUACGAACAUGAGCUCGGCAGUGGUGGUGGGAGUGUUGGGGCUCAGUGUGGCGGGGUUGUUGCGCGAUGGCGGUGCGAAGGGGGAUGGGCCGGUUAGACGAGAGCGAAGGGAGAGGGUCAAGGUGACGAAGAAGCGGUCGUAAUUGCAAUUGCCUAUGGAUCUUAUUCGCUCAGCCGCUCUGUAGAGUAUGAAUUACCUUAGAUAUUCUUUGCGUAAUAGACAUUAUAUCCAGUCACUCCUCAUCAUCCGAAUUCGGCGGCAUC